AUGUCCUCCUCAACCCAACCCCCCAAUGAUCUCCCCAAAAUGCACUACCGCCACCUCGGCCGCUCCGGCCUAAAAGUCUCCGCCAUCUCCCUCGGCGGCUGGCUAACCUACGGCGGGCACGUCGAAAGCGACGCCGCCUACGCCUGUAUGACGGCCGCCUACGCCUGCGGGAUCAACUUCUUCGACUGCGCCGAGGGCUAUGCGGGCGGCGAAAGCGAGCGCGUGAUGGGCGCUUGCAUCAAAAAGUACGGCUGGAAGCGAAACGAUUAUGUCAUUUCCACCAAAAUCAACUGGGGGUCUGCGAAUGGAGAUAAUCCCGUUAACAACCAGGGUUUGUCCCGCAAGCAUCUUGUGGAAGGGUGUAAUGCGAGUUUGGAGCGGUUGGGACUGGAGUAUGUGGAUUUGCUGUACGCGCAUCGCCCGGAUCGGGACACGCCGAUGGAGGAGAUUGUGCGUGGGUUCAACUUCCUCAUCGAUCAAGGGAAGUGUUUCUAUUGGGGCACGAGCGAGUGGAGCGCUGAUGAGAUUGAGCGCGCGCAUCAUGUCGCCACGCGACUGGGGAUGGUGGGGCCGUUGAUGGAGCAGCCGCAGUAUAAUAUGCUGUCCCGUGAGCGGGUGGAGGCGGAGUACGCGUUGUUGUAUGAGGUGCACGGGCUUGGGUUGACGCCGUAUUCGCCACUCAAGGCGGGCGUGUUGACGGGGAAGUACAAUGAGGGCGUUCCGGAGGGGUCGAGGUUUAGCGCCGACGCGCAGUUUGCUAAGAGCGAUGAGAAGUUGAAGGGAGUGUUUCAGGGGCAGUUGGCGGAUGAGUCGUGGGGCAGUGUGGUGGAGAAGGUCAGGGCUUUGAAGCCGAUUGCGGAACGGUUGGGGACGACGCAGGCGGGGUUGGCGAUGGCGUGGGUGCUGAAGAAUCCGAACGUGAGUUCGGCGAUUACGGGGGCGAGUCGGGUGGAGCAGGUGUGGGAUUCGGUGAGGAGUUUGGAGGUCUUGCCGAAGAUGUCGGAGGAGGUUAUGAGGGAGAUUGACGGGGUGUUGCAGAAUAAGCCGAAGGAGAUGGUGAGGAGGUUCUAUUAG